ACUAUUGUUACUCCAGUACCAAAUGCAAAAAUACCCCACCCAGGCCCAAGAUUCCAUGCCAUGUUCUUUUGCCUGAAUGGAGCAAGGGAGGGGUUUCUCAAUGGGUGUAGGCCAUUCAUUGGUUAGUUCCUGAACCUUGUGCACCAUUUACAUAUUGUAGAGUACUCCAUAUUGUAUAUCACUUGAAUGUAUUUAAUGUUUGGAAAUGUUGAUUAUGCAGGUGUUGAUGGAUGCUUCAGUAAGCUCACUACAGGAGCUCAACUCCUUGCUGCCACUGGUAGAGAUGGCAACAACAACAUAUAUCCACUGGCAUUUGGCAUAGUUGGACAAGAGGACACACCUAGUUGGUGUUGGUUUCUACACCAACUGAAAAUUUGCCUAGGUGGAGAAGUGGGCAAGUUUGGACCUUAUACUAUAAUGUCAGAUAGACAAAAGGUAUGUGUUUGCACAUUUCAUUUUGUUUUGCACAAGUGUUAACAGUAGCUAAGAGUUUCAUUGGUGCAUAUUUAUUUACCUUGUAGCUUAGACUUGUUAAAUUGUUUGUGUCAGGGGUUAUUGAAUGCAGUGAAUGCUGUCUUUCCAAAUUGCAACCAAAGAUUCUGCCUUAGGCAUUUAUAUGCAAAUUUCCAAAAUGCUGGGUUUAGGGGUGAAGAUCUUAGGAAGUGCAUGGAUAAUGCUACCUAUGCCUACAAUGAACACAAAUUUAAUAUUGCAAUGAAUGAUCUUAGAGCUGAAAGUGAGGAAGCUUGGGAGUGGCUUACUGCAAUACCAAAAAAAACAUGGGCAAGGCAUGCAUUUGACACAAACUGCAAGACUGACUUGGUAGUGAACAACUUGUCUGAGGUGUUCAACAAGUACAUUCUAGAUGUUAGGAGAAAACCUAUAAGGACAAUGUGUGAUGGGAUAAAAGAUAAGCAGAUGGUGAGGUGGCAUAGGAACAGAGAGAGUGUAAAGGCAGCAAGAUGGGAUAUAACACCUCAUUACAGUGAGAAGCUAGAGGUUGAGAAGGAGAGGGCCAGAUAUUGCAAGCCAAUACAGGCAGGGGUCAACUUAUGGCAAGUUACAAGUGGGCAACAAACACAUGCUGUCAACCUGGAACUUGAGACUUGUGGAUGCAGGAAGUGGGACCUUAGUGGCAUACCUUGCAACCAUGCCAUCUCUGCAAUAAACAAGGCUAAAAGGAAACCAGAGGAUUAUGUCAGCAAAUUCUUCAAGAAAGAUUUUUAUGCUGCAGCUUAUGAACCAAUGAUCUUUCCUGUGCCUGGUGAGCAUGAUUGGACAAGGACCCCUGGUCCAGACAUAGAACCACCUGCAUUCAAAAUCAAGAGAGGAAGAAAGAAAGAAAAGAGGAUCAAGCGCAAAUUUGAAGUACCAAAGCCAAAAGACACUUCAAGAAUGGGGACCAUAACAUGUGGCAAUUGUGGUCUCCAAGGGCAUAGGUACACAAACUGUCUUAAACAGUUGAAGCCUGAGCUAGCUUUGAGGAAGAAUAAGCAUGUGGCUACUCCAAGUAACUCACAGCCAAGAGCUGCUGGUCCUUCUACUACAACAACAGCAAGACAGCCAAGAGCUGCUGCCAGAGGAGCUGCCAGAGGAAGAGGAGCUGCUACUUCUACUACACCACCACCAUCUGGAAGAGGAAGAGGAAGAGGAGCUGCUACUUCUACUACACCACCACCAUCUAGAAGAGGAGCUGGCAGAGGAAGAGGAGCUGGAAGAGGUGCUCCAAGGCCAUUCAGUGCCCCCAGGCAAUAUGCUGACAUUCCUACUGAUGGUACACACACUGGAUGGAUGUCCUACUUCACUGCUAGCAGAGGAAGAGGAGCCAUGUAAUUUGAAAUGAUGUGGUGUUAUUUUGGUUGAACUUGAUGCUGA